AUGUGGCGGCGUACAUAUCUGCUUCUGGUGCUGGUACGGCUAUGGUUCGCGCUCUCUUCGAGCUAUCUCCAUCCAGACGAGAACUUCCAAGGGCCUGAGGUCAUUGCUGGCCAGAUCUUCAGCUAUCCCGUCCGACUGACCUGGGAGUUCACGAGCGACCACCCGAUCCGAAGCGUCUUCCCGCUAUGGCCCGUCUACGGCCUCCCCAUGCUGCUCCUGCGAUGGCUGUGGAUCGGUAACGGCAACGACGGCGAGAUACCGCCCAUUGCCGUCUUCUGGACAUUGCGCGUGCUCAUGUUCAUCAUAAGCUUCGUGCUGGAGGACUGGGCCAUCCACGAACUGGUCCACUCGCCGCGCCAUCGCCGUGUGGCCGUCCUCUUGGUUGCCUCGUCCUACGUGACGUGGACCUUCCAAACCCACACCUUCUCCAACUCGAUCGAGACGCUUGUCGUGGCAUGGAGCCUAGUUCUCAUUGAGCGCAUUCUCGAGACUUCUCAAAAUUCUUCGCUUUUGGCAUCGACGGUGCUAGGUGUGGUGGCCGUGUUUGGUGUUUUCAACAGGAUCACGUUUCCUGCUUUUCUGCUUAUACCUGGAUUGCGUUUGAUACCCCAUUUCACGAAUAGACCCUUAUCACUUGUCGUCAUGGCAGCUUCUGGACUACUUACUUUUCUAAUUGCGAUUUCUCUCGAUACUUCCUUCUACACGCCACAUUCGAUUUCUUGGUCAGACCUUUACCGACACCCAGUGGUCACUCCUUGGAACAAUCUACGAUACAACAUGUCGCCUUCGAAUCUAGCGGAACACGGCAUACACCCGUGGUACCAGCAUUUGCUAGUCAACCUUCCGAUGCUUAUUGGGCCCGCGGUCGGUCUGCUGUUCACACAGCCACAGGUGUCGCUUCGACUAUACUCGGCCAUAUCAGGGGUCUUUGUUUUGUCCAUCUUUCAGCAUCAGGAAGCUCGGUUUCUUCUUCCGACUAUACCUCUGCUGCUCUCAUCCCUGCAGCUUCCCAAGAACCCUAAAUACCUGAAGAUAUGGGUAGGGACAUGGAUUGCCUUCAACACGGUUUUGGGAUUGCUCAUGGGAGUGUAUCAUCAAGGUGGUGUUGUGCCAGCUCAGGUCUUUCUGAGCAAGCAGCCCGAUGCGACGCAAGCCGUGUGGUGGAAGACCUACAUGCCUCCGAUCUGGCUUCUGAACGGCAAAAAUGCGGUGCUACGAACCGAAGACGUGCCGGGCAUGACGGGAGACACGCUGCUAGAGGAGCUGGCGAGGAUAGCGACUUGCGAUACUCCAGCCGAUCGCAGAAGUCAGGAGUACCUGAAGGAGCCGAAUGGCACCUACCUAAUAGCGCCGCUGUCAACGACGUGGCUGGAUCCCUAUCUGGAUAACAAGGGAUUGGAUGGGCUCAGGUUCAGGGAGGUCUGGAGGUACAGGAAGCAUCUGAACUUGGACGAUCUGGAUUGGGCCGAAGACGGCUUCUGGCCGACUCUGAAGAGGGUUGUGGGCAGGAGGGGUCUGGCGGCUUGGAGGGUGACUAAGAGCUGUGGACGCCCCGCGAGGACGUGA